CUCACGAACAGAUACCGGGCAGUCCUGUUUGUAUACUGAGAGAAUUCGGAAGUCUCGAGAUGCGAUUGAUCAGUAUUAUAAGUGUUUUUCUCGUGUUGAAUAAUGUUCGGGCCGCGAACAUUCUAGGCUUGUUCCCACACGUCGGGAAAAGCCACCACACAGCCUUCGAACCACUUCUCAAAAUGUUGGCAGAAAAGGGACACCAAGUGACAGUUGUAUCCUUCUUCCCGCAAAAGACACCAGUGGCGAACUACACGGAUAUUAGCUUGCAAGGGAUCGCCGAAAUACGAAAAGAAGCCGUCAAUCUCCAAAAGUUUGAAAAGUCGAACAAACUCAUCAACUUACUGGGAAUGAAGAGAUUUAUCAUUCAAGCUUUGGCUUUUCAAGGAUUGUCAGAUUUAGCGUUAAAUAUAUGUUCUAAGCUUGUCCGAUUUCCUCCUUUGCUCGAAGCUUUGCAGUUCGAUUAUGAUGUGGUGUUAGUGGAAAAUUUUAACAGUGAUUGUGUGCUUGGUCUAUUACAUGUUCACGCGAUUAAAGCACCUGUCAUUUCGGUGCUCUCAUCUCCAAUGAUACACUGGUCUUACAGCCGUAUUGGUUUACCUGACAACCCGUCCUACGUCCCAACAAUGACGUCAGAAAGUACUUCGCAAAUGUCGUUUUUGGAAAGAUUGGAAAACACAGCGAUGAACUUGUAUUUCAAGACUUGGUUUCGAUAUUCGAUUCAGGUGAAAGAGAGAGUGAUUUUAGAGAGACGUUUUAAAAGUCGGUUACCAGAUUUGGAAGACCUUGCCAGGAAUGUCAGCUUAGUGUUGGUGAAUACUUUUCACAGUCUAAAUGGAGUCCGACCUCUGUUGCCUGGUGUGGUUGAAGUUGGAGGAAUGCAUAUCAAGAACACCGCCAGUCUGCCUAUACCGCAAUACAUCGAGCGGUUUCUGAACGAGUCCGAACAUGGGGUCGUUUUGUUCAGUUGGGGGUCUCUGAUCAAAACUGCUUCAAUACCAAAGUAUAAGGAAGAUAUCAUUGUGAGUGCCCUCUCAAAGUUGAAGCAGAGAGUCAUUUGGAAGUAUGAGGACAGCGGUGAGGAGGGCACGCUGACUGGAAACAUCCUGAAAGUGAGGUGGAUCCCACAGUACGAGUUGCUUCAACACAAGAAAGUUAUUGCAUUUAUUGCUCAUGGCGGUCUUCUCGGAAUGACAGAAGCUAUUUCGGCGGGAAAACCGAUGCUGAUCGUUCCAUUUUACGGUGACCAACCGCUGAAUGGCGCCUCAGCCACGGCCAUAGGACUUGGGAAGGCCAUUUCGUAUGCUGAUAUGUCUGAAAAGACUUUGUUGGAUGGGCUGAAGAGCGUGCUUAGUGCUGAAAUGCGGCUAAGCGCUCGCCAGGCUUCCAAGAUCUGGAAAGACAGGAUAGCGGAUCCCUUAGACACAGCUGUGUACUGGGUGGAAAGAGUCAUCCGAUGGGGAGACCAAGACCCCUUGCACUCCACCGCAAGAGACCUCAACUUCAUAGAAUAUAACCUACUAGACGUAGCCGCUGUCAUCCUACUCGCUAUCAUAAUGAUAAUCUUAAUUUUAAGGAUAGUAAUCAUGAAAAUACUAAGGCUAAUAAGCGGAGGUAUGAAAAAGGAAAAACUGCAUUAGUAUUUAGCACCCAAGAGCUGUUUUCGUGCAAUUUGGCUCGGUUUCAAACGCAUUAGUCUAAAUAUGAGUCAGCCUCGUUUUGAAUGCACUAUUUACUGUGAAGUUGGUUUAUUUGAUUGAGUUUGGAUUCAUAACUUUCAUAAUGCAUACGUCUGCCUUAAUCUUUCAGGCGUUAACUGAGAUAAUGUUGUUAGUUUAUACGAAAGGAAAGGUCAGAAACAAAGACUAAAAAAGUAGCUUAAAACCAUAAUUCUACCGAAAUCUUACUGAACAUCAUUUUAUCGAUGUUUCUUAACUUCUUUGGCAAUUCUUAAAGCUGUUUCAGGAUCGAGGAACAUAGGACAUACUUUUCGAUAUACUUGCAAAAACUUUUCUCGUGAAUGUAAAAUCCACCAAGCAUUGAGUCAGGGCCCCGAUUCCGCUAUUUACAACGGCGUACUAAUGAAUGGCAGUUGGAUUAAAUUUGAAACUAUUCCUAUUCUCUUAAGAAUUUUGUUAACACAAUAAUUGGAAAUUGAUUGUGUUGAACGUGAGUGUUCCGUCCCGUACUGAAUUUCCAAUAGGUAUUUGUGUUACAAAAAUGCUCAGAAGAAUACGAGUAGUGCGAAUUUAAUGCAAUUGCUCAUUGCCAAUUAAUCGGACAUUGUAAAUAGCAGAAUCGGAGCCCAGUUCUAUCUGGCUGCAAAACUCGUUCCGUUCUAGGUGUCAAAUUUGUACAGCCUGUAAAAAAUGUAUAGGUAUUUAGCUGUAUUGUAGAUAUUAGUUUUAUUUAUCUGUAAUUAGUACUAGGAAAUAGAUUUUAGUUAUUUUAAAUCUCACUUUGUAGUUAAUCUUUAUUAUCUUAAUUGUGUUCCUGACAAUAAUCAUUUGCGAAAUUAAAAAUCGUGACUUAUGGAUAGAUAAUUA